AUGAGCCACCAGAACACAACUUCUGGACCAUCAAACCUUCCGACCUAUCCAACCCCAAAGUACCUGCCGGGACCGUAUUCCCACAGCCCAGCUUUCAGUGUCAUCGCAUUCCCUGAUGAUACCAAGGAUGAACCGCCACCGUAUGCCAGCCCUCCGCCUCCUCUACCACCUGCUCCCCAGCUUCCAUACCGCCCCUACAUCCCCAUUAUCCCGAAAUUCCACGGUAAGCGCCGCAAACUCCACCUCGCCCUCACCAUAUUCCUCCUGAUGAUCCUCGUGGUCGUCACCGGCGUGAUAAUCCGUGGGCUCUACCACUCUCAAUUACCCAAACCCACGCCUACGCCAACCACAACCCCAGCUCCAAACGUCACGGUCACCGAAACAAUCACAACCAUCUCUACGACUCGGGUCUACGACCCGCCACCCUCCAUCGACCCCGACUCUGGUUCUGAUCUCGAGACUAGCAAAGCUCUCCACUCGGGACCCAUCCCUACGACGCUGAUGUCGCAGUACACCGGCAGCUGGGUAACGAGCGUCGUACUUCAUACGGUGACAGCACCAGUUCCGCUACAGACGCUGGCAUCGCUGGUAGUUGUGACGGCGCCGACGUUGCAGAUAUCGCUGACGCCUGCCGAGCCCAUGACGGCGCCGCUGUGGGUGACGUCGACGGCCUAG